AUGGAGUUGAAGACUCAUGAGGCAAUCCCCUUUGUUUUUUAUGUUCUGCCCCAAAUGCGGCAGGUUAACAGGGGUCCGUUAAAUAACGAAUACGAUGCUGGAGCCAACGCUAGUACGGAUCAAGCUUUUGAUUCCUUGGACGCAGCUGUGGCACUCCUUGCAGAUGAUCGUGAUAACUUUGCAGUAGAGCUUCUUCACGUCCCAGAUGGGUUAGCCACCGAGCCUUGCCGUAGUCAUUUGGAUCGACUAAAUUGGUCUUCGUGUAAGCCAGUGUCGUCGUCAUCGCUGGAAAAACUACAGAAUGUAGGUGACUCGAAAAAGUGCGCAAAUGCUACUGAAGAUGUCAUGAAUUUUACCACGGAAGACCAUUUUGGACAGAAUAAGUUCCACUUUCAACUUAAUGGCGAAUGGGUGGAUGAGUUUUCCUGGUAG